CAGUGAGCAAUGCCUCCCCAUCAUGCCCGGCGCAUGUGCAGUCAGUGGCGAAGAGCUACACAACCGUGCACAAACACACGUGCUACCUGUUCGUGGACAAAGAGGUGUACUGGAACACGGCCCGUGACGCCUGCUGGGACCUGGGCGGAGAGAUGCUGGCCAUCAUGGACGAGCAGACGAUGACCUUUGUCCGGGACACGCUCAACUCGGACAAGCUGGGCUGGAGGAGAUCGGGCGUGUGGCUGGGCGCCAGGGUCAGGUCACGGAGAUGGAGAUGGACCAACGG